UAGGCUGUAGAAGUCGUCUACAGUUCUGUCGUUCCAUUGUCGAUCGCAUCUCUCUCUCUCGUCCAGACCCAGCCUCUCUCUCGUCCAGACCCAGCACCGCUUCCGUCGAGGACGCCGCCGCCGCCUUCCGAUCCACCACGCCGUUGCCGGACUUUCCUCUGCCGCCACCACCAGAAUUACCAGUGAAAGUGACAAUGGACAACAUGGUUGAUUCUCUGAACAAUGCAUACCAAGAGUUUGUGGCUGCGUCAGCCAAUGUUCUUGAAGCCAAGGAGACUUCCGGGGGCCAGAAAACGGCGGCCACUGAUGCCGCUCUCGAGAAUUUCAAGCAGAAAUGGGAGUUGUUCAGGGUGGCCUGUGAUCAGGCCGAGGAGUUUGUGGAAUCUGUUAAGCAAAGGAUAGGAUCAGAAUGCCUGGUGGAUGAGGCGACGGGCUCAGUGGCUGGGAAAUCGGGGCAGCCAUCCGCCACGGACCUCCCGCCCAUCAGCGCUGUCCGUUUGGAGCAGAUGAGUAAGGCUGUCCGGUGGCUCGUGAUCGAGCUGCAACACGGUUCUGGAGGAGGUUCUGCUGGCUCUGUGCAUUCCCAUCCGUCGUCUGCUCCUUUCGAUGCUAGAUUCUCUGAAGAUCCAGCUCAAUAGGUUUCUUUGUAUAUUAUGUUGUUUCUGUUACUAACUUUUUCCCAUUUAGGAUAAAUUUAGCGCUCGAUUUGUAUAGGUCUAGAUGUGUUCAAUGUUGUUAAAAGUUUAGUUGCCAAAGGGAAAGGGUAAUAGAAGAAAGAGGAAGAUUAUGCAUUUUGUUCUUACAAGUUACGAUAUGGAAUUUACACUUAUGAUUCUUGCACUUUUGAUGUUGGGGUCUCCUCUUUUGUUAUUGGAAAGUGUUGCAUCUAAUGUAAUUACUUUUAUGUGCCUCUUUCAAUGGAGAGGCUUCAUCAUAAUGGAUUAAGUUCUCCCAUCUAAA